AUGCCGACAACAAACGAACAAGAGCCCCCCGCCGCCGGCGCAAUACCAUCUCUACCGACCAAAGACCCCUCGAGUGAUCGCACUCACACCGAAGCCCAAGCAGACGAAUAUGCCCGCUCGGGCAAGGGUGGCAAAUUCCGAUUCAAAUCCUCGCGCUCGUCACGCUCGGACUCGAAACAUCGCGAACACCGACACCGUCGCCAUCACCAUCAUCGACAUAAGCGCAGCCACCAUGACCAUGACCGUACUCAUGACACCAAACGAACCGACCGUCCCUCCUCUACAAAACGCCACAAACGCUCCCAUCGCACACCCUCCCCCGACCCGUCCUCGACGACCACGAACCCAAACUCCACGAGGGGCCUCUCGCCCAACGCAGCCUUCCGAGAGUCAUUAUUCGACGCGCUCGGCGACGACGAAGGCGCGUCAUAUUGGGAAUCAGUGUAUGGGCAGCCGAUCCACAAUUUCGCCGUGCCGUCCGUCCCCAAGGGACCUGAGGGAGAGCUGGAACAGAUGGAUGAGGAGGAAUAUGCAGCGUAUGUGCGGACUCAGAUGUGGGAGCGCACGAGGGAGGGGAUGAUCGAGGAACAAGAGCGGUUGAGGGCUGAGCGGAUGAGGCAGAAGAGACGCGAGGAGAGGGGCGCGAGAGAGGCGAGGGAGCGGAGUCGGUUUGAACGAGAUAUGGAGGAGAGUUUGAGGAGGGGACAGGCGCGGAGACGGCUGAAAGCUUUGAAGGCGGUUUGGGAGGAAUAUGCCAGGUCGUGGGAUGAGGUUGAUCGCGCCGCCGCUGCUGCUGCUGCCGCUGCGGGCCCAGACGAGAGCAAGAGCGGUGAUGAACGCACUCGAUUGCGGAAUCUCCUAUACUGGCCUGUCGAGUCUGGGAAGCGAAGAGAUGUGUCGAGAGAGGCGGUUGAAGAGUUUAUGCGACAUGCGCCGGUGUCAUCCAGCGAUAGUAAGGAUCAGUCGGGCGCCGCUGAUUUACUAUCGACGUUGAAGGCAGAGCGAGUUCGGUGGCAUCCCGAUAAGAUCCAGCAUCGCUAUGGAAUACUGGGUGUGGACGAGGUCGUCAUGCGCAGCGUUACGGAGGUUUUUCAGAUUGUCGAUACCAUGUGGAACGAACUGAAGGAGAAGCAAUCAUGA